GAAGAAGCAGUGGGACGAUCACAAGACCACCAUGGUGAUGAUCCGGGACAUCCUGAUGUACAUGGACAGAAACUUUGUGACCCAGUACAAAAAGGUUCCGGUCUACGAGAUGGGCCUCAUGAUCUUCCGAGAGAAGGUGUCGGGACACGCACGAGUCAAGUCACAACUUCUCACCUUGAUGUUGGACAACAUCAAUGCAGAACGCCGUGGCGAACAGGUGGACCGGAUCUUACUGAAGCAUACGGUGAACAUGUUGGUCGAGCUUGGGGUGCAGGGCAAAAAUGUCUACCGGGAAUGCUUUGAAGAUCAAUUCUUGGAUCACACCCGCAAGUUCUACCAGGAUGAGUCGAAGCAGUACAUUUCUCAAAAUCCAUGCUCUGACUAUUUGAAAAAGGCCGAGAAGAGAAUUCGGGAGGAGAAAGCGCGGGUCGAAAACUACCUGCAUGAAACCACCAUGGAGAAGAUACAGGAGCUGUGCGAUGAAGAGUGGAUCCAGGUCCACUACAAGACCUUGAUCCACAUGGAGAAUUCUGGGUGCGCCUGGAUGUUCCAGUGCGACAAGAUCGAAGACUUGGAGAGGAUGUAUCUGCUCUUCUGCCGUGUCCCAGUGACCCUGAAGGAAGUCCAAAAGGCGUCGCAGACUCGCAGUUGGGAUCCGACCAUCUGGGAGUUCACCCUUCCCAUUUCCAUCCCCACUCAUUGCACUUUCCACUCUUCAGCCAUUUGCCUCAGCCACACCCCGGCCACACCCGUGCAUCACCAUGGCCUCCCGUUCCCUCCACCGUCGCCGCGCCUCGCCCUGAGCUGCUGCUGGCUCCGGGCCCAGGUCCUUGGGCCACGCCUUGCGCCGCUGGCACCGCUGGAGGUACGGCGGAUCCACGCGGCCGUGCGCAGCAAGGCCCUGGAGGCCAUUGCGGAGGGGAACCUGCGGCCGGGGCGGGAGCUGGAGCUGAUUUCGGCGUUGGACUUGGAAACGGACUUCUGGGGCCUGCCCGGGGCGGAUCGUGGCAUCGACUCCCUAGCGUUGAAUCUCAGCACAGCCGUGCAGGCAAAGGAUUACCAGGGCUAUGUGCCAAUGGCACGUCUGGCCAUGUUCUACUACUUGGUGCGUUCCGAGGGGUCGCCCUUGAAGGAUCGGGUUCAGCAGAUGGUGGUAGCCACCAACGAGAGCACGCGGCUGCCGCAGGACUGGGAAUGGAGCGGAGCAAAGCACCGACGCUACACGCAGGAUGAGAUCGAGAGGUGGCGAGAGCUUGCAAGAAACGAGUCAGCGAAAGACGUGAUGCUGGAGCUUGGGAAAAAGGACCUGAAGCGCUGGCCUCAUCAACUCGCCUGCCUGGCUCAAUGCCAGAAGUUUCUGACCAACUCCAAGCGGGACUUCUUUGUUGAAAUGGCCACUGGCACUGGGAAGAGCUUGGUCAUGACAGACUUGUUGGCUGGCUUGGGCCUGGGCCCAGGGAAGGCAUGCAUCAUCGUCCCAAAGUUGGAUCUGAUGGAGCAACUGGCCGAUCUGCUGGAAGAGACGUUGCCAUUUCGAAUCUCCCGUGUGGGCACGGGAUACCCUGCGGACUUGUCAGCGCAGCUCUUCGUGUGUGUGCGGAAUUCGGCCUGGCAGCUGCAGAAUUUGACCUUCGAACUGCAGAUUUUGGAUGAAGCUCAUCACUACGAGCCCAGCUCAGAAGAUGCUUCAGGGAAUGAAACUGUAGAUGGUGUUCAUGCGAUGCAAGUGCUGGGGUUGGAUGCCAAGAAAAGGAUCUUCUUCAGUGCAACCUUGCUGAGAAACAAACCCGACUUUGAGUUUGGCCUCCGUCCUGCCAUUGAGGCUGGCAUUAUCAGCGACUACAGUGUGAUGGUGCCAAUUCUCACUGCAGGUGAUCCACGGCCCGGUUUGGUGGAACUUAUUCAGGACCUGCCGAUGGCAAGGAAGAUCCUGGCAUUUUGCAACACCGUUGACGAGGCAAGAUAUUUCACACGGCUCCUUAACAGCAAAGGCAUCCCUGCCGAUCAUUACAAUGGCCACACAUCCAAAGCACAUCGUCAACAGAUCUUGCGAAGCUUUGGUCGGAGCCCAGCACAUGGAGGGAUCAGGGUUUUGGUCACGGUGGAUGUCCUGAGUGAAGGGGUUGACCUGCCAUGUGCCGAUACCUGCCUCUUCGUGGCACCGAGACAUGCGGUGCGCCUGCGCCAGUGUGUGGGAAGAGUCUUGCGGAAGCAUCCGCGCAAGAUUGAUGCCAUGGUCAUUGCACCUCCACUGUCGCAGGUUGAGGAUGGGACGUUGGUUGAGGACAUUGAGUUGGGACGAUUGUUGAUGGAGCUUGCGCAAGCUGACCUGCUUUUGAGAACGUCUAUAAGUCAGACCCUCAAAGAUGCAAGUGUCAACUCGAGGAUUUCGGUGUAUUCGAAGCAUUUGAACAGCCAGAACCAUGACCCUAUUGAAGAAGCAGCCCGCCUUUUGCGUCUCCGCGUUUUUCCAUCACUCUUCAAGACAAAUUCCAUGGACUGGGAGCUGGGCUUCCGCAAUCUGACUGCAUACCAUGCUGAACAUGGACAUGUUAGGGUUCCCAGCAACUUCGAGACUGCUGACGGCGGCAAACUUGGCACCUGGAUUCGUAAGCAGCGCCACAGCAAAGCAAAGCGGAAGCUGUGCCAAGAGCGUGUGGAGCGCUUGAAUUCUCUUGGUAUGGUUUGGGAUCCAUUCGCUGAGGAUUGGGAGCUGGGCUUCCGCAAUCUGACUGCAUACCAUGCUGAACAUGGUCAUGUGAGGGUUCCUUUCCAUUUCGAGACCGCUGAUGGUGGCAAACUUGGCACCUGGGUUGGUACGCAGCGCAACAUCAAAGCAAAGGGGAAGCUGUGCCAAGAGCGUGUGGAGCGCUUGAAUUCUCUGUGUAUGGUUUGGGAUCCACUCGCUGAGGAUUGGGAGCUGGGCUUCCGCAAUCUGACUGCAUACCAUGCUGAACAUGGACAUGUUGGGGUUCCCAAAAAAUUCGAGACUGCUGACGGUGACAGACUUGGUCGCUGGGUUCAAAGGCAGCGCAACAUGAAAGCAAAGGGAAAGCUGGGGCAAGAGCGUGUGGAGCGCUUGAAUUCUCUUGGUAUGGUUUGGGAUCCAUUCGCUGAGGAUUGGGAGCUGGGCUUCCGCAAUCUGACUGCGUACCAUGCUGACCAUGGUCAUGUGAGGGUUCCUUUCCAUUUCGAGACCGCUGAUGGUGGCAAACUUGGCACCUGGGUUGGUACGCAGCGCAACAUCAAAGCAAAGGGGAAGCUGUGCCAAGAGCGUGUGGAGCGCUUGAAUUCUCUUGGUAUGCUUUGGGAUCCACUCGCUGAGGAUUGGGAGCUGGGCUUCCGCAAUCUGACUGCAUACCAUGCCGAACAUGGACAUGUUAGGGUUCCCAGAAAAUUCGAGACUGCUGACGGUGACAGACUUGGUCGCUGGGUUCAAAGGCAGCGCAACAUGAAAGCAAAGGGAAAGCUGGGGCAAGAGCGUGUGGAGCGCUUGAAGUCUCUUGGUAUGGUUUGGGAUCCACUCGCUGAGGAUUGGGAGCUGGGCUUCCGCAAUCUGACUGCAUACCAUGCUGAACAUGGUCAUGUGAGGGUUCCUUUCCAUUUCGAGACUGCUGAUGGUGGCAAACUUGGCACCUGGGUUGGUACGCAGCGCAACAUGAAAGCAAAGGGGAAGCUGUGCCAAGAGCGUGCGGAGCGCUUGAAUUCUCUGUGUAUGGUUUGGGAUCCAUUCGCUGAGGAUUGGGAGCUGGGCUUCCGCAAUCUGACUGCAUACCAUGCUGAACAUGGUCAUGUGAGGGUUCCUUUCCAUUUCGAGACCGCUGACGGUGGCAAACUUGGCAUCUGGGUUCAAAGGCAGCGCAACAUGAAAGCAAAGGGAAAACUGGGGCAAGAGCGUGUGGAGCGCUUGAAUUCUCUUGGUAUGGUUUGGGAUCCACUCGCUGAGGAUUGGGAGCUGGGCUUCCGCAAUCUGACUGCAUACCAUGCUGAACAUGGUCAUGUGAGGGUUCCUUUCCAUUUCAAGACCGCUGGUACGCAGCGCAACAUGAAAGCAAAGGGGAAGCUGUGCCAAGAGCGUGCGGAGCGCUUGAAUUCUCUGUGUAUGGUUUGGGAUCCACUCGCUGAGGAUUGGGAGCUGGGCUUCCGCAAUCUGACUGCAUACCAUGCUGAACAUGGUCAUGUGAGGAUUCCUUUCCAUUUCGAGACCGCUGACGGUGGCAAACUUGGCAUCUGGGUUCAAAGGCAGCGCAACAUGAAAGCAAAGGGAAAGCUGGGCCAAGUGAUGAUGGAUUGCAUGUGUGAAGCAGGACGGGAUGUGUUAAACGACCCGGAGAAAGUGAAGGACCCAGUGUCCUUCAUCACAGCGAUCUUGAACCUGAAGUACAAGUGCCGCACACGUUUCCGCGGGCAAAUUUUGGGCAGUUGGUUGCGUGCCAACACCAGGUACGACAGGUUUGUAAAGGAAUCCUUCAAAGAGAGCAAGGACUUUCAGUUGGCCUUGAAACAAGCCUUCGAGUCCUUUCUGAACAAGGACACGCGCACGGCGCAAUACUUGUCACUGUAUGUGGAUGACCAGUUCCGCAAGGGUCUCAAGGGAAUGUCCAGCGACGCAGAUGUCGACACGGCCCUGGAGCAGGUUGUCACAGUCUUCCGCUUCUUGCAAGACAAGGAUGUCUUUGAAAACUUCUACAAACAGCAUUUGUCGCGGCGUUUGCUUACAGGUCGAAGUGUGAGCGAUGAGGCGGAAAGGAGCAUGAUCUCCAAGCUCAAGAGUGAAUGUGGUCAUCAAUACACCUCCAAGUUGGAGGGAAUGUUUCAGGACAUGAAGCUGUCUGAGGACAUCAUGAAGCAGUACAAGAACUCCUUUACCAGUCCGUCCAUGGCGCGAGGCGCAGGCAGUGCUGGGCCCGCUGGACGUCCAGGCACAGGGCUUCCGGCGCUGUCUUCGUCCAUUGACUUGAAGGUCUCCGUCCUGACCAGCGGAUUUUGGCCAGGACCUCCUGGAGCUCCCUGUGAGUUGCCACCGGAAGUGCAGGAGUGCUGCAGCCGCUUUGAAACUUUUUACCUGGCAAAGCACACAGGUCGAAAGCUCUUUUGGCAGCCACAGAACGGUUUCGCCGACAUCAAGGCUCAGAUGCCAAAGACGAAGCAUGAAUUGAACGUCACAACUUAUCAGAUGUGCAUCUUGAUGCUCUUCAACCAGCAGACCACCUGGACCUAUCAGGACCUGGCGGUGCGCACCAACAUUCCCUUGGAGGAGUUGAAACGCCAUUUGAUGUAUGUCGUUCAAAUCGACAAGAGCACUCGGAAGUUUACGAUAAGUCAAUUCGGGCACAUUAAGGCUGCACGACAAGCAGCGUUGGCAUUCCACAAGAGCACCAAAGGAGCGCAAAGAUUGGCUAGCGGAGAACGGGCUGGUUUUGAGGGGGAGGACAGUGGCCGAACAGAAAUCUUGCCUGGAACAGCUAAUGAUGGCACGUGGUCUUUUCCAGCCAAAUUUUCUGCCCAUGGGGAAGAGCUUGCAAAGACGUUCUCAUCUUUGCCAGAAGCUUGUCAGUGGGUUAACAAGCUGGAUUCGGCCCGUUUGUGCGGCAAAUUGCAAAAGGGCUUUUCAUCAAUGAAGGUCUCUGCUGAUGAGAACGUGCCUUGUCAGCCAGGCAGAACAUUUAGUGGUUCAUUUAGUGGCAGGAAAAAGGAAAGGGAAAAGGAAAGGAAAAAGGAAAGGAAAGGAGAAAGGAAAGGGGAAAGGAAAGGAAAGGAGAAAGGAAAGGGGAAAGGAAAGGAGAAUGAGAAAGGAGAAAUAAAAGGAGAAAGGAAAGGGGAAAGGAAAGGCGAACGGAAAUGA